UUUGUUUUAGAUAGAAUCUUUGUGAUGGCCGUUUUUCUCUGUUAUAGCAAAGGAUUAAAAAAAAAAAACAGAACAGAUACUGAAAAACUUUGCUCUGUUAACUACAAUGGCUCACUUCCUAGACCUUAACACUCUCACCACCACCUGCACUUUACCCUCGAUUCCCAAACUACUGGAGAGAAGUAGAACGGGAAAAUCCAGCGGCUUUGUUUGCAAGAAAACCGACAAUGUUCAGGAACAACAACAGCUCACCAGACGGAUGGCUUUGGGAUUUGCUGUCUCCAUAUCUCUCACUGGAGCUUUCGGCCAAAGUAAUGUCUCUCUGGCACAAGACAACAAUGGUUUUUGGAUCGAUGGUCCUCUUCCAACUCCUCCUAUUUACAACAACAUCGUGAACGAGCAGACGGGAACGAGAACGUUCUUGAAGAAAGGAGUGUAUGUAGCUGACAUCGGGGCGAAAGGCAGAACAUAUAGAGUUAAAAAGUAUGCAUUUGAUCUCUUGGCAAUGGAGGAUUUGAUCGGACCAGACACGUUAAACUAUGUUAAAAAGUACUUGAGGCUUAAGUCCACCUUCUUGUUCUACGAUUUCGACAACCUUAUCUCUGUUGCUGCCUCUCAAGACAAGCAACCUCUCACUGAUUUGGCCAAUAGACUCUUCGACAACUUUGAAAAGCUUGAAGAUGCAGCUAAAAGGAAGAGCUUAGCUGAGACAGAAGCGUGUUAUAAAGAUACAAAGUUGAUUCUUCAAGAGGUAAUGAUCAGAAUGGCGUGAAGAGGCCCCAGUUCUGGUUCUAAAACACCGUUUUACUUGCUAUUGAAGAAGAGAUGAUAUUUCAUGGUUCAUAACUCUUUCAUUGGUCAUGAAAAUGUAAUAUUAAUUUGUCUUAUGUUUUGCUGCCUUCACUAUAA